AGGUCCGGCGAAGCUGCGCGUGGUCGGAGCCCUCAGAAUGCUGCCAUUGGUCGGAGGCCGGAGCCGUAGGCCGCCAUUGGCCCGGCACUAGUGUGCCGCGCGGCCUUCUGGGAGUUGUAGUCAAGGCGUCGCCGGCUUGGCUGCCAUUGUUCGGCGUCCCUCAGUCGGCUGGUCAGGUCGGUGGGGGCUCCCCACGGGCUCCAGGCCUCGAUCGCUCGGCCCUCGAUGGACCCCGAGAACGAAGCAGAGACAGUGACGAUGGCUGCAGAGUUACCGGCCGUGCGACUUCAGGAGCCUGUGACCUUCCGGGAUGUAGCUGUGGACUUCACCCAGGAGGAAUGGGGGCAGCUGGACCCUACCCAGAGGACUCUGUACCGUGAUGUGAUGCUAGAGACCUUUGGGCACCUGCUAUCUGUGGGUCCUGAGCUUCCCAAACCUGAAGUCAUUUCCCAGCUGGAACAAGGGACUGAACUAUGGAUGGCAAGGAGAGGAGUCACCCAAAGCUGCUGGGAGCCUCAACCUGACAGUCAAGUGUCUUCCAAGAAGCAGGUUCUUCAUGAAGAAGACCUAUCCCAUGUCACAGAAAGGGAAGGACCCUCAAGAAAUGCUUCUUACCUCUCCAUGGACAAAGAGUGGGAGUGUGAAGGGCAGGGCCAGGUGCUCAGGGAGGAUCAGAAUAGCUUGAGGCAAGUGGAAUUUAGUCUCAAGAAAGUACCAAUUCAGAAUCUAGCCUAUGAAAGUCUCAAGCCUGAAGAAAGCACAGACCCAAAUCAGUCCCCAGAAAUUUCUAGAAGAAAGCAUGUUUGUAGUUAUGGCUCUCAUGUCACAAACUUGAAACCUAAAUCAGGCUUGGUCAGUCCACAGACAAGCUCCCCAGGAAAAGAGUCCUGUGAAAGCAGUGACUGUGGCAAAGCUUCCAGUCAGGCUAUUCCAGAACUCACAAAAAGCCAGGCACAGGAUAAACCCUACAAAUGCACUGACUGUGGGAAGUCAUUUAACCAUAACGCACACCUCACAGUGCACAAAAGGAUUCAUACAGGAGAGAGACCUUAUAUAUGCAAAGAGUGUGGAAAAGCCUUCAGCCAGAAUUCCUCCCUCGUUCAACAUGAACGAAUCCACACAGGAGACAAGCCCUAUAAAUGUGCUGAAUGUGGGAAAUCUUUCUGCCACAGCACACACCUUACUGUCCACCGGAGAAUUCACACUGGGGAGAAACCAUACGAGUGUCAGGACUGUGGGAGGGCCUUCAACCAGAAUUCCUCCUUGGGCCGGCACAAGAGAACACAUACUGGAGAGAAGCCAUAUACCUGUAGUGUGUGUGGGAAAUCUUUCUCUCGGACCACUUGCCUUUUCCUGCACCUGAGGACUCACACGGAGGAGAGGCCCUAUGAGUGUAACCACUGUGGUAAGGGCUUCAGGCACAGCUCCUCCCUGGCCCAGCAUCAGCGAAAGCACGCUGGAGAGAAGCCCUAUGAAUGCCGGCAAAGGCUGAUCUUUGAGCAGGCAACAACUUUAGCAAAGCACCAGUGGGCGGAAGCCCUCAGCAGUGACCCACCUUUGAAUCCAGAUGAGAGGACUCACCAAAGCAACAGGCCCUUCAAAUGUCAUCAGUGUGGGAAAUGUUUCAUUCAGAGCUCUCACCUGAUCCGACAUCAGAUAACUCACACCAGAGAGGAGGAGCCUACUGGGCGUAACCGACAUCAGGAACAGCCCUUGGAUCUGAGAUCACCCUCAGCUCAGCACUCAAAUUCGGGAGAGAACCCUGUGGACCAAGCAAAAUUGGGACAGCCAGCAAGCAGGGCCCUGGCAUUGUUUGACAUCCAUGAAAUCAUGCAAGGAAAAAAACCUGUGCAUGUUGUUGGGGUAGAAGAGCCUUCCAUGGGCACUUCUGUGUUAUUUGACAUAAGAGAUUCCACAUAG